GUACUUCAUUUGAAAAUCUUUCUCUCUAAUCCAAUUAAACCCUACUUCAAUAAUACGCUUUGCACUACUAAUUCAUUUUCACGUGUGCAGAGAAAGAGUUAUGAGUUCUGUUGAUGUUGAUCAUGAUAUUCCGGAACUAGAACAACAACCCCUUCUUCAGGUUGAAAGAAGCGAACAAUACACAGGAGAUGGUUCUGUUGACUAUAGACAGAGGCCUGCUAUUAAGCACAAUACUGGCAAUUGGAGAGCUUGUCCGUUUAUUCUAGGCAAUGAAUGUUGUGAACGUUUGGCAUUUUUUGGUAUUGCAACAAACCUUGUUACCUAUCUUACCACCAAACUACACGAAGGAAACGUCACUGCUGCGAGAAAUGUCAGCAUCUGGCAAGGAACUUGUUAUCUUACACCUCUCGUUGGAGCUAUUCUGGCAGAUGGUUACUUGGGACGAUACUGGACAAUAGCUGUUUUCUCUAUGAUUUAUUUUGUUGGGAUGUCUAUCUUGACUCUUUCUGCAUCUGUCCCAUCAUUGAAGCCAGCUGAGUGUUUGGGUUCGGUAUGUCCUCCGGCUAGUCCUAUGCAAUAUUAUGUGCUCUACUUUGGUCUCUAUGUAAUUGCACUAGGGACUGGUGGUGUAAAAGCAUGUGUGCCAUCUUUUGGGGCAGAUCAGUUUGAUGAUACUGAUAACAAGGAAAAGGCCAAAAAGGCUUCCUUUUUCAACUGGUAUUACUUUUCUAUCGACCUAGGUGCCAUUGUAUCAUGUAGUUUCAUUGUCUGGGUUCAAGAUAAUGCUGGCUGGGGUCUUGGAUUUGGCAUUCCUGCUUUAUUCAUGGGGUUAUCCGUUGGAAGUUUCUUUUUAGGCACCCCGCUCUACAGGUUUCAAAAACCAAGGGGUAGCCCUAUUACAAGAAUAUGCCAGGUUGUGUUAGCAUCUGUCCGGAAGCAUAAUCUGGUUGUGCCUGAGGAUAGUAGUCUCCUGUAUGAGACGCCUGACAAGAAAUCCGGAGUUGAAAGUAGUCGCAAACUGAUGCAUCAUGAUGAUCUCAGGUAUUUUGAUAAAGCAGCUGUAGUGUCUGAUUCAGAGAAAAAAAGUGGUGAUUAUUCUAAUCCAUGGAGGCUUUGCACCGUGACACAGGUGGAGGAAUUGAAAAUCUUGAUUCGCAUGUUUCCAAUUUGGGCUUCAGGCAUUAUUUUUUCUGCUGUCUACGCCCAGAUGGCAACAUUGUUUGUGGAGCAAGGAACUAUGAUGGACACGAAUAUUAGUUCCUUCAAAUUAUCCCCAGCUUCUCUCUCAACCUUUGAUGUAGUAAGUGUAGUUUUUUGGGUCCCCGUCUACGACAAGAUACUUGUUCCUUUUGCAAGGAAAUUUACAGGCAAGAAAAGCGGCCUUUCCGUGUUUCAAAGAAUGGGAAUUGGCCUGUUUAUUUCCGGGAUGUGCAUGUUAUCAGCUGCUGUUGUGGAGAUUAAGCGUUUGCAGCUUGCAAGAGAGCUUGACCUUGUAGAUAAACCCGUUGCCGUACCCUUUAGUGUAUUAUGGCAAAUACCACAAUAUUUCUUAUUAGGCGCAUCAGAAGUAUUCACAUUCAUAGGGCAGCUUGAGUUCUUCUACGAAGAAUCACCAGAUACUAUGCGGACGUUAUGCGGCGCACUUCCGCUCCUUAAUUUUUCAUUGGGGAAUUACUUGAGCUCUUUCAUUCUUACUAUGGUAACUUACUUCACUACACAAGGUGGGAGGCCCGGAUGGAUUCCAGAUAACUUGAACAAUGGACAUCUUGAUUACUUUUUUCUGCUUAUAUCUGGACUUAGCUUAUUAAAUAUGUUGCUGUACAUAAUUGCUGCCAAAAUGUACAAGCAGAAAAAGGUUUCUUAAGAUUUUUCAAGCAGGUAUUGCUCUUUGAGUGGAAGCAUGUUCUCAUAUUUUUUUGUGGAUAUUGUUCUGUAUGGGUUUUUGGAGACCUAGUUUUGCUAGAUAAUUAGGAUCAAAUGUUGGUCUCCUAAUUUAUUAAAUUCGCAAUUUUUGUCCCUCUAUCUCAUUUAAAAAAAAAAUACAAAAUUUUGGUCCCCCCCUAUUAUUAGCAUUUCAUUAAAUGGCAUGACACUAUACACUUCAAUUAUUUGGCAGCCACAUUAUAUUUUAUUAUUUUAUACAAUUUCCAAAUCAGUUUUCUUUCUUUUUAUUAUUAUGUCAUUUUAUAAAAGAGUUGAGAAAAAAGACACACUGGUAUAAAAGAUCCAUUCAGUUUGAUCUUCUUGAAAUUAUUUUGGGUGUGUUUGGUAACACAAAUAAGCUAGCUUAUAGCUUAUUGUAGUAGCUUAUAAGCUUGUUUCAUAAAAUUAGAGGUGUUUGGUAACAAGUUUUUUUUACUAGCUUAUAGCUUAUUUUACCAAACAGAGCCUUUAUGACAAUUAAGCUCAAUUAUCCUAUGAAUAACAUAAUUUAGAAACGGAGAAUACUCUGUUGUACACCUCAAUCAAAGCUCAAUUAUCCUCUAGGAUUGUUAGUACUCCGUUACAACCCUCUGUCACAGAUGAUAAAAGAAUCUGGUGCGUGGAGAGAAAUGGAGAAUAUACCGUUAGAAAUGUUUAUUGACUUUGUGCUCAAAAUUUGGCUGAUACAUCUCAUCUCUGAAUGGGGUAAUUGGGAAUUGAUUUGGAAGAUUUAAGCUCCUUCGAAGGUAUACAA